ACCGCCCUCAUGUCGCCGCCCGUAGUUCGCAUCUCCGAUCCCGACCGUCCAUACGAAGUCAUCACCGACGCCAGCGACAUCGCCAUCGGUGCAGUUCUUCUACAGGAUUUCGGCGACGGGUUACAACCAGUCGCCUACGAAUCACGGAAGCUGCAGGGCGCGGAAAAAAACUAUACAGUACACGACAAGGAAAUGCUGGCGAUCGUCCACGCGUUCAAGACCUGGCGGUGCUACCUGACCGGAGCUGAUGUCACGGUGCGGACGGACCACAAAUCCUUACAGUACCUACGCGCCCAACCGAAUCUCAACCCGCGACAGAUCUGAUGGCUCGAUUUCCUCGAGUCCAAUUUCCAUUACAC